CCUUAACAACAUUUUAAUACCGAAAAAGGUAUAAUUCUGCAUUUCAACACCUCUCUUGUUAUGAUAUAACAGUUUAUAACAAACAAUUGUGCAUAUCGGACUGUGUGUGUUGGAGUGUUGUUGUCGAAUGAUAGGCCAAUAUUUGUUUUCAGUCCGUACACUCACUGGUGUACCCUUUUUCGUUUCAGUCGCGUGGUAGCCAACUACAAUCGAGAGAAACAAAUGAAAGAAUGUGGUAGCUAAAUAAUUGUUUUACGGUGACAAAUAAAAUUAAAAAAAAAAAAAUAGAGAAAAAGAUGAAUUCGCUUAAACUGUAUCAGUCUUUUGUGGGAAUAUCAGUGCAACGUCGGUCGUGCUCAAAAGAAGAUGAUUGUGGUUGUACUAAAAACAAUUUUUCAAGUGUUUCGCUUAAGUAAUUAAUUUAAAACUAAAAAAUCAUCGAAAUUUUUCAAUAAAUUUACCUUUCGGAAAAGACGUAAAAACCUAAAGAGAAAAUCUCUCAAUUUAUUCUACGAAAAACCAACAGCAAAUAAAUUUCCUUUUCGACAAAAAUCAAGUUAUGCCUCGUCCAUCGAGAGAAUCGUACGGGGAUCAAAAGCCACCAUUUUCGUACAUUUCUCUGACAGCGAUGGCGAUAUGGAGUUCGCCGGAAAAGAUGUUACCAUUAAGUGAAAUCUAUCGAUUCAUCACCGAACGAUUUCCGUAUUAUCAGAAAAAUACGCAACGCUGGCAAAAUUCGCUGAGGCACAACUUAAGCUUCAACGAUUGCUUCAUCAAAGUUCCUCGACGUCCGGAUCGGCCGGGCAAAGGUGCAUAUUGGGCACUGCAUCCGCAGGCAUUCGAUAUGUUCGAAAAUGGCAGUUUGUUGCGAAGAAGGAAGCGCUUCAAGUUACACAAAUCGGAAAAGGAUAUUUUAAACGAAGAACUUGCCGCUCUAGCCAACAUAAAUCGUUUCUUUUUCUCACCAACACAUUCGGCCGACCAUCCAUCAUCGUUUGUGGACGGUAACGGUGGUGGUGGUGGUUCGGUGGUGCAACCACCAUCGCCAAUUUUAACAAAUACUUCGCCAAUACGACCAACUAGUCCGUUGGGUGCAUCGCCUGGAGCAACGGCGAUCGGCUAUCAUCCAACCGAAACUCAAGUUCGGCCGAAACGUUCCUUUACUAUCGAAAGUCUGAUCACACCGGACGGUGGCAAAGAAAAAUCAUCAUCCAAGCAUGCAAUGGCGAAAACGGAUGCCGCUCAUUUAAGAACUGACAAAUCCUCAUCCCGACAAUUUCAACUAAAUCAUCCGAUCGCUUCACGCAAUCCAGCCGCUCUACCGUUCAUCCAAUAUCCGCAUCCGUCUCUGGGCUACGAAAUGCCCAUUCAUCCGUUACAGUUAAUGAUGACACCGCUGGGCAGUGGCGGUGGCGGAGGCAUGCAACCAAACUAUUUCAAUCAGGCAAUGUAUCCGACCAUUGGCAGUCUGCAGCAACAUGGUCCUGAUCUCAGUCGCAUAGGACCGGCAGCGUUACGGACCGUAUGACAAAUACCGUAAAAACGCGGGGGUGAGAGAGAAAGAAAGAGGACACAGAAUAUGGAGACACACACACACACAUACAUACACGAUUAGUGUAAAAUUAUUUGUUUUUAAUUUUGUUUGAAAACAUUUAAACAAAAGAGGCUGUUUUAUUAAUUAAUUAAAUUAAAAUGAAUGUUAUAUCCUAUAUGAAAAAUAUUAUCCUAUAUAUUAUAAUCCUAAUUUGAGUGAAUUUAUAAUUGUGCUGAAUGUCACUUGACCCACACUACCUACUACUUAUAACAUUUAACUUUAAUUUGAACAUAUAUCAAAGAUGAAGAUUUUUUUUUUAAAUAAUAAUUUAUUUUAAACCAGAAAAUACUUGUGCGCUCUCUGCUUGUGGUAGCAAUCAACAAUUUUAUUCAACAUAAAAAUGAAAAAAGAAAAAAAUAUUUAUUUAAAAAAAAAAACAAAACGAACGAAAAUGAGAGGAGGAAACAAUUAUUUGUGAGAACAAUUUUCAUUUCUAAAUGAUAAUAUAGACGUUGUGCCAAUUUUAAUAUAUAUAAAAAACCGAUGUUUUUAACAAUGUAAAUAUAACAUACCUGCAAUGAUAACAAAAGAUAUUUAUGAACAGAAAUGAAAGUAGAGAAAACACAAGAACCGUGGAUUCAGAAUGGGACAAUCACGAACAUUUAUAAAUUGAAUUCAAUGAUAUCAAUUAAAAUGUUUGUCCGUUUUUUAUUUAACAAUUGCAAUUCGUCCUGAAUCUACUGUUUUGCAUAAUAUAUUUACCACAACACUGUUUGUAUAUCCGAAUAAAUGUUUUGAAAAAAAGAUGACUGCGGUAGCAAAAUGAAGCAUAUGUGAAAAUGAACCAAUUAAUUGCAAUUCGACAAACAAAGGGAUAUAUUCAUCAAAAUGAAGUCCCAGUUUCGUUUUUGUUUCUCUUUUUUUUGGUUUAGUUGUAAGACACGUUUAAUAAGCUAAUUACAAUAAUUACAAUAAUUACAAUUUUACUUUAUUAUGCGGUUGGUUUGUAUAGUCAGUCUAAUGAAAUAAUAUCCAUCUAUUUAAACGAAGAAAAAUAUAUAUAAAAGUCAAAA